GGGGUGUACGAGUGGGUUGGUGGUGGAGUUGGAGGCGGUUGGGACUUGGGAAGAGACAAUUCAUUGUUUUCUCUACUUGGGGAAGAGUCAUUUUUCUUACUUAAUUAUAUUUAUUAUCAAUAACAUAAAUGUCAAUAUGUCAUAGUGCAAAAGCGAUCCCCUUUUCCUACGACUUUCUUGAGCUGCAGACAAAAAUUUAAAGUUGAAACAAACGAAUAAUUUCUGGAUUUUGAAGCUAAAGGAUUUGCAAAAUUUUACAAAUUUCAACUCUAUUGUUCCAAAUUUUACCAGACCUGCCACCUCCCGCUGAACUUCAUUCACCGCGAGGUCACACCGUUGGAUGCUUCUAUGUCUUAAUGCUUGUUCCUUUAAUUUUGAGGUUAAAUGGAUCCUAAGUUCAACACUUCUGUGAAUGAAUUUCAUCCGGAGGAUCAGUCAAUAUCUAGCUCUUCGGAUCUGUUGAAGAGUAAUGAACCUAGAUGUGAUAGUUCAAGACCUGAAAAUAGUGAGCUAGAAGCAGUUUAUACAGAAUCAACAGUUUGUUCUGAGGAGUUUGAUCGUGUCUUGCUGCUUGGCACGGGCAAGAAAUGGGACGAAUUAGCGGCUUAUCGCGAGAGUAUGAAGAAUGGUGCAAGUAUGGAGACUAGUAAGAACGAUGAUGUCGUAGAUUUACCAUCUCUCCUGAUAAGCUGUGCACAGGCUAUUGCUGCUGCUGACGAUUGCCCGAAUGCUACUGAACUGCUGAAACAGAUCAGGCAGCGUUCAUCUCCUUUUGGUGAUGGAAACCAGAGAUUGGCUCAUUAUUUCGCGGAUGCUCUUGAAGCACGCUUGGCUGGCAUUGGUAACGAUAUUUAUAAGGUCAUUAGCAAUAGAAAAACAUCAGCAGCUGAUUUUUUGAAGGCCUAUGAUUUGUAUCUUGCGUCAUGCCCAUUUAGGAGGAUCCCGAAUUAUGUGUCAAGCAUGACAAUCAUGUCAAAAGCAGACAAUGCUACAAGGAUCCAUAUCAUUGACUUUGGUAUCCUCUACGGCUUUCAAUGGCCUGCGCUUAUUCAACGCAUUGCAUUUAAAGAAGCUGGGCCACCAAAGCUUCGCAUAACUGGUAUAGAGCUUCCCCAACCCGGCUUUAGGCCAGCAGAAAGGAUUGAGGAAACAGGACGCCGUUUGGCUAUUUAUGCUGAGAGGUUUAAUAUUCUGUUUGAAUACCAGGCAAUUGCCAAGAAAUGGGAAACCAUCCUACUCGAGGAUCUAAUGCUUGACAAGAAUGAUUUCCUUGUUGUAAAUUGUCUGUAUCGAUGUAAAAACUUGCCUGAUGAGACGGAACUAGAAGAGAGUUCGAAAACUAUUGUUCUCAAUCUCAUAAGGAAGAUCAAUCCAGAUAUCUUCAUCCAUGGGAUUGUCAAUGGGGCCUAUAGUGCUCCAUCUUUUGUCACACGAUUCCAUGAAGUCUUGUCAUACUUUUCAGCACUUUUUGAUAUGCUAGGAACUGUUGUACCCCGUGAGAUACCAGAAAGAUUGUUAAUUGAAAGAGAUAUCUUUGGGAGGGAAGCCCUGAAUGUCAUUGCUUGUGAGGGCUUGGAAAGAGUAGAAAGGCCAGAAACGUAUAAGCAGUGGCAAGUCCGUAAUCUGAGGGCAAUGUUUACACAAAUACCUUUUGAACGGGAGAUCAUGAAAAGAUCUAUAGAAGCGGUGAGGUCAAGCUAUCACAAAGACUUUGUAAUCGACGAAGAAGACCAAUGGCUAUUGCUGGGAUGGAAAGGAAGAGUAAUCUAUGCCUUAUCUUGUUGGACUCCUACUUAAGAAACCUUUAAGGUAUGCUUUACCAUGACAGUUUUUUCUUCAACUAUUAAAAGUGAUGAAAAUUUGCUAUCCUGAUCGCACGUACCUGGCAAGUUCAUUCUCUUGUAAGGUGAUUUGCUUUAAUACUCAAUAAAUGAAGCUUUAGAAAAUAUUCUUUGCAAAGAUGACGAAGUUGAAUGGCUCGAAGAUGGUCAUUGCCAUAUUAUGUUCCUGUCUAUGUAGUAUUUGUUGGGUUCAAUAUGUAUGAAAAAGGUGUGAAUGGAAAAUAGAGGGACACAACCUUUGAGGAAAAGACAUAUUGUUUUGAAAAAGGAGUGACUAUUCAGAUAGUUGUGUCUGUUCAGAAAAAGACACAAUGUUUUGAAUGAACAGACAUGACUCUUUACACCUUUUCAGAUGAACCAUUGCCACCUUUGGGAAGGGGCACUUUACGGCUAUAUAAACCCUGCAUUUAUCCACAGGUUUAGCCAUGAAAAUUUUUCUGAAUAUACAAACUUUUCUUGUCUUCAAAACAUUCUGUGAGAUCAAUCAAAUCGUUGAGUGAGUUCGAAGAGAUUUCAAUUGUUUGAGAUACCGCUAUAGUUGGUUUGUUUGGCCAUUUUAUCCUGGGAGGAAAAUUCCAUAACCUCGGGUACUUGAGGGGAAUUAUUUCCUUAAGGACACUCCGUGAAUUUGGAGGAUUUGACCAUUUCUGUUUCAUCUCAAUUUCUGAAAAAUAAAACACACUUCUUUGAAAGAUUAUUUUAAUCUUGUGUUGAGGGUGUUGUUGUACUUCAUAGUGUUUUUGUUUUAAACUUGAACUAGUGUUGAAGUAGUGUUGCGAAAAUACAGAUUGUGUGUACCCGAAAAACUACAGUAUUAUUGUAAUCUAAAGUUUGAUCACAAAUCCAAAUCGUAUUCUUGUCAA